GUAACACGACGAGCGUGUAAACAAGGCGGCUGUCAAAGCUUUUCAGCGUUUUCUUCAGCACAGGUUUACAAAAGCCGUAAAAUUUACAGAAAACCUUUAAUUAUUGAUAUAAUUUACUUAAAUUUACUGAAAAACUAGUGUUCUGUGGAGUUGCUACCUGUUGCAGAUCACACGAUGUCAGCAAACGAAGAGGUGAAUGAAACAGCGAUGACCGCUUCCAAUGGGGAGGGAACUACAGAAGAGCAAUCCUCCGCCAAAGGUUGUGAAUCGACUAGUAUCGAAGGCAAAACCACCGAUCCUCCGAAGGAAGAGCCCUCAGCUCAAGAAUCAACAGCUCAAGAACCAACAGCUAAAGAGCCAACAGCCCAAGAACCAACGGCCGAAGGGCCAACCGCGGAAGACAACGAAGAGUUCGAAUCGGCUCCGGAAAAUUGGAAUGAUUUCGUCGUGUUGGACGAGGCGAAUAUAACGGAUAAUGAGGCGGAGGAGGACGAAGCGGAAGAACCGAAGUCAGAUGAUGACGACGGGAAGCAAUGGGAUUGCCCUGUGCAUAGACUGGGACCAAGAACGUAUACCAUGAGCCAACUGCAGCCAACGGAGUUGGAUCCCCGCUGCAAGCCGGAUUUUCCUUUGGCUGGCUAUUGGCCGGUUUACGUGGGUAAUUUCCAUAUGUCCAAGCGAGGAUCGGAUUACAAUUGCAUGUUCGCAGUGCACAAGUAUUUUGCCUCGAAAGGUCUGCCGGCUUUCAUGGUUUUCCGCCUGAAGGAUGCAUUUUACGAGAAUUAUCAGAAACGUGUCGGAUUGUAUGACAUGUUGGUAUAUUUUAUUAACAAAAAAGACGCCAAUCGAGCCAUCAACUGGUGCCACGGAGAUUUGUACUGGGGACACAAAUUGAAGGUAUACGAUGGCCGUGCGGCAACGAUUGCGGCAAAAUAUGGCAAGUCUAAGUUCUUCAAGAUCAAACACUUGAUAGCCGAGGACAAGCUCGAAACGGAGACGAGCCUGGAAGAAUACAUGCGACAAUACGGCCAGGUCAUUUUCCUCAGCAAGCAAAGCCUGAACUACGUUUACGUGCACCUGAAUCAUCAUCCAAACAGGAACGUUUCGAUCAUGCAGGACCCGCGUCUAGUAGCGACGCCCGUGACGACCCCUGUCCGCAAGCAGCGUUUCAUCGAAGAGGAGGUCAUGGAUUUGCUGACCCAGGAGAUUGCCGAGAAUCCCAAGUUUCUCCGGUCCCGGUUGAGAUACAUGUAUCUCAAGUUCAUCAUGCAUGGUGUCAUUCCGGAAAUGAAUACACCGUGGUUGAAGAAGGAAACGAAAUAUGUCAGUAGAGGAGGUGCUCAUUCGCAAGCCAAUGUCAAUCGUCACUACGCUAAGGAGGUUAUUCCGCAAAAACGCCGAUACGAUGACUACAACCACGGAAAUGGGGCGUCGCAACCUCGGUCUAGACGACAGCUUCUAAAUGAGGCUAGGCAGCUGGAAGAACAGCUGAGAGCUGUCCAAUCCAAAAUCAAUUCGAGGAUUGCUACUUCAGCAAAGUUACCAUACAAGAAGAAACCUAUUCCAUUGGAAACUGCUAAUGCAGAUGAGACGAUGCCCAAACGGCAGAAGACGGAAGCUCAACUUAUGCGCCAGCGCAUCCGAGGCUCCCGGCGUCGACGUGCUCCGAGAUUCGAUACUAUGGCACCGGAAUUAGAUGGCGUAUUGUAAUAUUGAUUCAUUAACAUAAAUUGCAUUACUAUUCCCACACCAUUGGCAAAAUGGAUUGAAAUCAAGUUGAGUCUCUGUAUUUGUAAAGAAUUAGCAAGUGAGAAAGACAAUGGAAAAUAAAUAAAUGCAGAAUUCAAUCGAUAAA